UAAAGCUCUAUCGUAGCCCUGAAUCAGUUCUAAGACUGAAGGGUGCCAAUGUAGAUGAGAUAGUGGCACUUGGCCAAGCGACAUCCGCAGACCGUCUCUGGACGCCAUACGAGACAGACAUAGUGCAAUGGAUGAAUGUAUCCAAAUACGACGCCCUGAAGAACCGUCCCUACAUCGGGGGCGGAAAAUGCAAAGACGCAUUCUGGCGGCUUUUAGUGAAAGACGUCAUUCAAAUCGGAGGCCACCAUUCUGGAGUUACUCAGUACCGUCGAGUCGUGCCUACUGAUCUACGCAUCUUCCUGCGCGAGCUCGGCCAGCAGGACGGCCUCCAUUUUGCACUGCCUCUUUCCAUGGCAGAUCAACGAUUUUUCGUGACGAAGAGAGGCUUUAUUGGUCAAGGUCCUGUGGAUGUCGAGAUUGGUGAUCACGUUUACGUGUUGUUCGGCAGCAGGGUUCCCUUUGUGUUGCGUCCAGUUGAUGCUCGAUCUGGCGCUCCUGGAACUCAGCACUCGAGAUCAUUUCAGUAUAUUGGAGAUGCUUAUGUCCACGGUAUUAUGGAUGGAGAGGCCCUAUAUGAUGUGGAAGCUCCUAUUGAAAUAGUGUCUCUCGAAUAAAUGGAAUGCUUAGGGAGGUAAUAUCUGGGUUAAACACUGUUGGGAUAAACUCGGGAUACAUUAAUGUUUAACUUUUAAAGAGUUUGGAGCCCCGGCAAUCGAGCAGCUCCUAAGCUCCUACUGGCGGCUUAGGUUUGUAACGUCACAAGUCUUCAGUAAUGCAUAGUAACGUCCGCCACCGUCGCCCGAGAUCCAUCGCGUAGCGAGACAGCUAAGUAUGCGAACGGUCCCAUAAAGCAC